GAGCCACAUCCAGCCUGGCCUUGGAUGCCUGCAGGGAUGGGGCAUCCACAGCCUCCUUGGGCAACCUGUUCCAGUGCCUCACCACUUCGUCAUCAGUUCUUCCCAUCUGUGUGUCGACGAUGUGUGUCAGUCCUCUGCAAAGGGUUUCCUGCAGGUUCAUAGAAAAGAAUGUGAAAUUGCGAGGAAAAGUGCAUCGUGUCACUGAGGAGGGUCUGGAAGUUGAGCACAUUCCCAUCAGCGUUCCUUUCAUUACCUCAAUACUGAGAAAAUGGCAGUCCGAGGGUCUCUUGCUGGUGAGACUGGCCGGCGUGGAGCUGACCCCUGAGGGCACGGUGUGGCUGCAGAGAGAGCUGAAACCCCCGCAAGUCAUCUGGUUCCAACUUCUCGGGAGGGAGCACUUGGCACUCGAGUGCCUUGUUUUAGUAAAUAAGGGCCGAUUUUCCAGCGUGUGCUUAAAUGAAGAGGUCUUGAGAGAAGGGCUUGGAAGAGCAGCGAGCAUAGAAGGACUGCAGCACGAUUCUCACCUGUUCUGGGAGCUGCACAAAAGACUUCUCCGAGCAGAGCUGAAAGCCUUGAGGAAAAAUCCUAAGUGAGAUGUCCUGUUCCUGCUGGGUACCCCACAGCUGUGAGCAGCAGUGACGUUUUCCUGAUGGCUCUAGAAAUACCUACAUCGGAUGGACACAAACCUUUUGGAAUUGGGAAAAGGGGACCAGAGCACACUGAGGACUUGUUUUGUUUUUCAAAGCGGUGUGAAGUUUACACCAGGUGUGUGUUUGUAAAUAUUCCCAGAAUAAAGAUUGAAUUUCUUAUGUUCA